AUGGACAAAUUGCCUAAUGAGAUAUGGAGCAGCAUUCUUGUGCACUUUGCAGUGCUAAAGAAUAUGUUCACGUGGCAUAAUAUUCCUCGUACGGAAUACUUGGUCCCUUUGACGAGAGUGUCGAAGCGAUGGAGGAACUUUCUUCACGCAGAACCGAUCCUCUGGAAUGUCAUCAUCCUCAAGACUCGUCGAUACGAUAAUGCCGCAAUCGUCGCUAGACAGCUUCAGCUCUCUGCUCACCUUCCCAUUACUCUAGUCCUCCACCUCCCCUUUACUCAAUGGAACCAAGUACUCCCCGAAUUGAUUAAGCAUCGAGAAAGGAUCGAAGUGAUUGCAUUGGACGAGGAAAGCUAUCUUGAGCGCCGCCAGUCGUCUGCAUCCGUCCGCAAAAUGCUGGAGGACCUCUUCCCGCUUCCUCACCUAAGGCAACUAGGGGAGACUUAUGAAGCGAUGAGACGCUGGCAGGAUCUGCCUUAUAUCCUCGAAAGGUUCCCCUCCCUGAGGCAGCUCCCAAACAUUCCUCUCACCACCGAAUUGUUGCGAUGCGUGAAGCACAGACUAGACCUAAAGGAGGUUACCACAUACGAGGACCUCUUAUCCAUAUCUGGAGUGCUCGAGGAGAUGCCGGGGAUCAAGAGGGUGACUUGUCAAACAGACCCUGUCGCCAGCCUAGAAGACUUCGCGGAUCCGGCAUUAUACUACACUUCCUAUCACAGCUCUCGUCGGCUUGAGUGGACAAGACUCACCUUCGAUACUUAUUCUUACCCUCUUCCUGUCGCAUUCCUUCAUCGUCUCCCAUUCCUCACUUCAUUGGAGAUCCGGAGUGACUUUCCUAUAUUCAAAGCCGUCAUUUCCAUCGCCUACCAGUUCCCAAGUUUGAACCAUUUUAGGGCUUCCAUAUCCCUUACUCAUAACGAUGUGUACAAUCCUCCUGAUAAGAUAGUGCCAAACUCAACAGUUCGCUCUCUGGAGAUCUAUAUGUUUGCCCCCUGGGACAUGGCUGGAAGUACAGCUGGCAAGCGCCUUUCUCGAGGAUCAGAAAUCAUAUCCGGGAUGAUCCUCCGCGCGAUGCCGGCGUCGGAACGCAUCACGCUUUCGACAACCGAGAUCCCCCACUCGUUCAAAUUCUUUGAGUUGGAAGGUUGGUCUCGAGUUGAAGACCUCUUCAUAUUCUGUAGUGGAGAAGUGGGGCCUACCAACAAUCUCGCACCUGUCCCAAAGUCGGUUAGGUUCCUUUCCAUAUCAUCCGAUGAAGAGGUUCUUUCCACACUCUCCUCUGCUGGGGUGGAAUCACUCUGCUGCAUGGCACCUUAUAGACUACCAUCCGACCCCACCAAUGGAACCCCCAUCCUAACCAUCACUGCUACUAUGUGGCCAGUUCUUCAGACAUUAGAGGUCUAUAGCGGUCUGGUUUGUUGGGACAAAUCAUCCAUCAACACUCUGAAAACGGUCAAGAUUAUAAAUAGAAACGCCAAAUUAUACGUCGAUAACGGUAUUACAUCCUUCAUUCACACAAUUGCUUGUCAACCGGAUUCGUAUCCUUCGUUGGAGGAAAUAGAAAUGGACGAAU